AUGGCUGACGAUAACUUAACAUCAUUAUAUAUUAACGAGUAUCACUCGGGUGAUGCUCAAGAUGAAACAUUAGGUUCACUCAUAUUUUUUACAAUCGUUUAUGUACUCGUACUUAUAUCUGGUUUGAUUGGCAAUUUUAUUGUUCUAUAUGUUAUAUUGAAAAAUAAUGAUUUAAAACACUUCACAAAUUAUUUCUUUGCUAAUUUAAGUGCAGCUGACGUAUUUGUACUUAUAUUUUGCAUUCCGACUGCUAUACAUGAUAUUUGGGCAAAAGAUCAAUGGUACCUGGGUAAAUUUUUUUGUUUGAGUAAUCAAUACAUUGAAAGUUGUGCGACAAGUGUCUCUUCAUUAACAAUAACAGCAAUAAGUUUUGAACGUUUUAUUGCAAUAUGUGAACCUUUCAAGGUUCAUGAUAUAUUCAAUGAAACUCUAACAUUAGUCACUAUUUUUUUAAUAUGGGCUAUUGGUCUGAUUUUUUCUUUACCAUUUUUAAUUUUUGCCGUCUACGAUUCGUCCUUUAAUCCAACUGAUUCAUUAAAUAAUACAACUGAUCUUCUGACUAUUUGUCAAUUAAAUGCUAAUUCAAGCGCUGCACGUGCUUGUAUAACAUGGUUUAUUGUUUUACUUAUAUUUAUCCCAUUUUUUGUUCUCAUAUUUAUAUAUGCACGCAUUAUACUUGAAUUAGCUCGUCAUCGUGCAAUACGUUUAAUAGCUAUAGCAAAAACUCGGCAACAGCAACAACAGCAACAAUCAUAUGACGAUGAAACAAAUAGUUUAAAUGAUGGUUCAUCAUCAAAUAAUGACAAUCAACAAUCACAUUCAUUUCUUGCCUAUAAACGUUUUGAACAAAAACGUCUCAAUACCGUUAUUAUUUGUGUUGUAACUGUAGCUUUUUUUGCCUGUCAAUUUCCUGUACGAGUUAUUCAAUUGGUUGACAUGUAUGGACGUGUACGAAACGAAGAAGUUAUGUCAUAUGUAGCAUGGAUAUGGUUAUGGAAAUUAUCAAAAUUACUUUUUUUUCUUAAUUUUACAGCAAAUCCAAUUAUUUAUAAUAUAUUAUCAACAAAAUUUCGUCGUUCGUGCCGACGUCUUUUUCAAAUUCAUCGUUCACGGCGUCCGGUAUCGACUCCAUCACGUAAAACAAGUAUUACAUCAUAUCUUUAUUCAAGUAUAUAUAAAAGUCGUCGCCGACAAAAUAGUUUACUUAACAGUUCAUUACAAAAUUCGCAAAAUAAAAAUAAUAUUUAUAAUCCUUCUCGUCCCAUUACUAAAAAAUUAAGUUUAACUCGUAGUGUUAUUGAUUCAAAUCAAAUGAUUUCAUUAAUGAAUAAUAAUAAUAAUGGAAAAGAACAAAUUAAUAUCAUUGAGAGCGAAAGUCGAGAUCUUGUUACCGUUGGAAAUAAUGAAGAAAUUUUAUUCCCAACAUUAACUAAUAAUGGAAAACUUUCACAAAAACCAUUUCAAGUAUUAACAGAAGAAGACGAUGAAAAUAUUGUUCACUAA